AUGUUACUAGCGAACAGAAAUCAGAGCUCAGUAACCAUGUUCAUCCUCCUGGGUUUUUCAGAUUUUCCACAUCUCCAGGCACCUCUUUUCUUGGUGUUUUUGAUCAUCUACACCAUCACUGUAGUGGGGAAUUUAGGCAUCAUUGUGGUGGUGAGGAUCAACCCCAAGUUGCAAACACCCAUGUACUUUUUCCUUAGCCAUCUAUCGUUUCUAGAUAUUUGUUACUCCAGUGUAUUUACACCCAAACUCCUAGAAAUCUUGGUUGUGCAAGAUAGAAGCAUCUCCUUUAGAGGAUGCAUGAUCCAAUUUUACUUUAUCUGUGCAUUUGUGAUUACUGAAAUGUUCAUGUUAGCAGUGAUGGCUUAUGACCGCUUCGUGGCCGUGUGUAACCCCCUACUCUAUACUGUGGCUAUGUCUCGUAAGCUCUGUGCACUCUUGGUAGCUGCAACCUACACUUGGGGAGGACUAUGUUCUUUAACAAUCACAUAUUCUCUUUUAGACCAGACCUACUGUGGUCCUAACCUCAUAAAACAUUUUGGCUGUGAAUAUUCUGCUAUUCUCUCUUUAUCCUGUUCUGAUCCCUCCUUCAGCCAGUUGGUUUGCUUCAUCAUUUCCACAUUCAAUGAGACUACCAGCCUCCUGAUAAUCCUGGCUUCCUAUGUUUUCAUUGUCGUCACCAUCAUUAGGAUGCCUUCCACUGGUGGACUCCGCAAAGCGUUCUCUACCUGUGCCUCCCAUCUAACAGCUAUCACCAUUUUCCACGGGAUCAUCCUUCUUCUCUACUGUGUACCCAACUCCAAAAGCUCCUGGCUCCUGAUCAAAGUGGCUACUGUGUUUUUUACCGUCAUGAUUCCUAUGCUCAAUCCCCUGAUCUACAGCCUGAGGAAUAAAGAUGUAAAAGAAACGGUCAGAAAUGUAAUUAAAUCCAAACUUUGUACUUAG